CAUCAUUCCUACAAUGUUAGCAGUUGGCUGCCUUGAGUAACAAAUAAAUGUCAAAGAACUUUUUGGCCGUUCAAUUGAUUACUUGUCAAGCAUUGGCUGGUUUGGCCGCUGGGGCAGUUUCUUCAAUUGUUACUUAGAUUGGCAAGCUGCAGUAUCAACCGGGCGGCAGUGUACUUGUUGUUUGAGUACAGAAAUAAAUAAUAAAGAAUGGCAAACGUGGAGUCUAUGAUUGUGGAAGAAAAGCCGCCACCACCGAAGCAAGUCGACCGGGAAAAGACAUGCCCACUUCUGCUGCGAGUUUUCUGUUCAACCGGUCGUCAUCACUCUGUCGCAGAAUAUGCACACGGGAAUGUUCCAGCGAACGAAUUACAAAUCUACACAUGGCAAGAUGCCACCCUCAGCGAGUUGACAUCCCUUGUUCGCGAAGUAAAUCCAGACACACGCAAAAAAGGAACAUAUUUCGACUUCGCAAUAGUUCGGCCCGAGACACGCACUAAUCAGUAUCGCAUGCGUGAAAUUGGAGUCACAUGUUCCGGAAUGAAGGGCGUCGACGAUUCAAAAACUCUCGCACAAUGCAAUUUCUGCAUUGGAGAUUAUAUGGACAUUAAUAUUACACCACCGAAUCGAAUUCCUCCGCCCCUACGUCGCCCGCGUCCGUACUAAUAUUAAGAGUGUGUAAGUUCUUUGUAGAUUGUAAAGCGAAUGUUCAGAAACGAAGGUAAAAAUAAAACGGCGAUGAUUCAAAUA